AGAUGCCGGAGCGUGAAGGAGUUCGAGAAGCUGAAUCGGAUCGGAGAGGGCACCUAUGGCAUAGUGUACAGGGCCCGGGACACCCUGACAGAUGAGACUGUGGCAUUGAAGAAGGUGCGGAUGGACAAUGAGAAAGAUGGNNNNCCCAUCAGCAGCCUGCGGGAGAUCACCCUGCUCCUGCAGCUUCGGCACCCCAACAUUGUGGAGCUGAAGGAGGUGGUUGUAGGGAACCAUCUGGAGAGUAUUUUCCUGGUGAUGGGCUACUGUGAGCAAGACCUAGCCAGCCUUCUUGAGAACAUGCAGACGCCUUUUUCAGAGGCUCAGGUGAAGUGCAUCAUCCUGCAACUCCUCAAGGGCCUGCAGUACCUUCACGAGAACUACAUCAUCCACAGGGAUCUGAAGGUGUCCAAUCUGCUCAUGACUGACAAAGGCUGCGUGAAGAUAGCUGAUUUUGGCCUGGCACGCACCUACGGGAUGCCACCAAAGCCGAUGACCCCCAAAGUUGUCACACUCUGGUACCGAGCGCCUGAGCUGCUGCUGGGGAUGACAACCCAGACCACCAGCAUCGACAUGUGGGCCGUGGGCUGCAUCCUCGCCGAGCUGCUGGCCCACAAGCCGCUGCUGACGGGCACCUCCGAGAUCCACCAGAUAGACCUCAUUGUGCAGCUCCUGGGGACGCCCAACGAAAACAUCUGGCCGGGUUUCUCCAAGCUGCCCCUGGCGAGUCAGUACACCCUGCGGAAGCAGCCCUACAACAACCUCAAGCACAAGUUCCCCUGGCUGUCAGAAGCCGGGCUGCGGCUGCUCAACUUCCUCUUCAUGUACGAUCCCAAGAAGCGGGCGACGGCGAAAGACUGCCUGGAGAGCUCCUACUUCAAGGAGAAGCCCCUGCCCUGCGAGCCGGAGCUCAUGCCCACCUUCCCCCACCACCGCAACAAGCGGGUGGCCACCGCCAGCGUGGGGACAGAGAGCCAGGCGAAGCGCAGCAAGCCCUGAGCUCUGUCCGGCAGGAGGAGGCAUGGCACACACCAACCAGCACGGCUGCC